CUAACAUCCCACGAUAAACAUCAAACACCCAACCCAACAACUCCAUCCAACCCAGCACAAACAAAAUGACCAAAACAAUCCACACCCUCACCCCAACCGCCAUCUCCUCCGCCUACAGCCUGAUAAAACCAUACAUCCACACCACGCCGCUCCUCACAAACACCACGCUCAACAACCUCGCCUCGACCCCUCAAUCCAUUGACGCGCUACAAGGGACCGAAUACGAAGGCCAGACCCCCGCAACCCCGAAGAUUCGGUUCUUCUUCAAGUGCGAGAACUACCAGCGCGUGGGGGCGUUCAAGGCCCGCGGCGCAUUCCAUGCCUUGUUGCGGCUGAUCGAAGAGGUCGGGGAGGAGGAGGUGAGGGGGAGGGGGGUGGUUACGCAUUCAUCUGGAAACCACGCCCAAGCACUCGCCCUCGCCGCCCAAACGCUACACAUCCCCGCCUACAUCGUGAUGCCUAGUAUCAGCACUUCAUCCAAGAUCGCCGGCACGAAGGGGUACGGCGCCGAGGUGAUAUUCAGCGGCUCGACGAGCACGGAGCGCGAAGCCGUAGUCGCCGAAGUGCAGGCCAAGACCAACGCCAUCUUAAUCCCGCCGUACGAUCACUUCGACAUCAUCUGCGGACAGGGGACCACGGGGCUGGAGCUGCAUUCGCAGUACGCGGCGCUGGUGGCUGAGAAGCCGGAGUUGAGUGUUCAUGGUUCCCAGACUGGGGAGUUGGAUGCGGUGAUCACGCCGGUGGGCGGGGGCGGGCUGAACGCCGGCGUGGCGACGUUUUACGCGGACAAGAGCACGAAGGUGUUUGGGGCUGAGCCGAGCUUUGAAGGAGGGGAUGAUUGUCGACGGGGGCUGGUGGCGGGGGAGAGGGUGACGAGUGUGAAGACUUUGACGGUGGCGGAUGGGCUGCGGACGCCGGUGGGGGUGUUGAAUUGGGAGGUGAUUUCGGACGCGAACAAAGUGGCCGGGGUGUAUGCUGUGACGGAGGCGCAGAUCAAGGCGGCGAUGAGGCUGGUGCUGGAGAGGAUGAAGGUGGUGGUGGAGCCGAGUGCGGUGGUGGGUUUGGCGGUUUGUUUGUUCAACGAGGACUUUCGACGGAGGGUCGAGAAGGAGGCGCCGCAGGGGUGGGAUGUCGGGGUUGUCUUUAGUGGUGGGAAUACCACGGUCGAGGCGAUUGGCAAGCUGUUUGCCUAGUGGCCUGGAAGCACAGUACAUAUACAUACUCCGGUCGAUAACCGAGUACAUAUCAAGUCAAUAUCAACAUCACCCCCUCCAGUCAGCAGUACUCACAAUCAAGU